ACAGAUUCAAAAUGCAGGUGAAGAUUUAUUUUAACUUCAAAAAUCAAAAAUGCCUCAGACAGAGGAUCCAAAAAUAUAAAAGAAAAAGCACUGAAUAAAACGGGUAAUUCAGGCAGCAGUAACUAGUACUGGACUGUAGUACAAUAUAAUGUCCACAAGGUGGCGGACUCGUGGAGGUGGUGAGUUUCCAGGCUUCGUGGGCGGAGCAGCCGGAAGACGAGCAGCUGCCGGUGGCCGGAUGUCGGCAGACGAUGGAGUCCGAGCGCCACAAGCAAUGACACCGAAGAUAGCCUGACGGGGCAGAAGAGAGAUGAGCAGAGAGGGCGAACGAAAACCGAAACUAAUCUCUAUGGAGCCAGAUAGAUACACAAGACAGGACAGGACAGGACAAACGCGGGUCUAGAGCGAGUGAGCUCGCGAAACACACAAGACGGUCUGACAAAGACAAGGAGGCAAGCGAGAAUUAAAUAGAGGAGAAGAUCAAGGAGCUACAGGUGACAAUCAUUGCUUAAUAAGUGAAUAACAAGGAGGUGGGGAAAAGGAAACGCUGACGGAAGAGCACAUGGCGAACUGUCAAAACAAAGAGCAUGUGCUCCGUGACGAAACAUGAAGGCGACACGCAAGAAAACAAAAUCACAAACAGAAUGUAAGAGACAUCCUUACAGCAACAUCCUGUGGCAGCAGUAUUGUGGAUGCCAUUGAAAAAAGCAACUGCAUUUCGCUUAAAGAAAGACAAUCGAUGGUUCGUAUUUUGGUUUCACAUCUAAUUGAGCGCUUUGGAGAAAAUCCAAGUGGAGCAACAAAAGUCACCUUGGCUUCGUCAAUAGUCGAACAAUUUCCAUGCCUUAAGGAUUGCCAGGGUAAAGGCUAUGAGGCAUGGUUCAGUCCAGGUAGAUUUCACAGACCUGCCACAGGCUUCCUUGAAGAGCGUCUUCGGAAUGUGCGCAAAAAGAUUAGAAGAGGAAGACAAAAGCCAGUUUGUUCAGACAACCCAAGAGACAGCAGUAAUUUUACUUUGCCUGAUUCGAAUGUGGACUUGGAAAGAGCAACUCAAAUGAUAGAGUGGCUCAGAAAUAAUAUCUGGCCAGCAAGUCAGGUCGAGCAGUACAUGAAAGAAACAGCGAUUCAAAGGGCAAAAUGGAUUCGUGACGAUGGAUCCAAAACGAUAAUGGAAAUAGCCAAAGAGUAUCCACGUCUUCUCGACACUCCAGGCAUGAUAUCCCAGGAUUUUUUAAUUUUGAAUCCAGACUGUGCUUCAAAACUCACAGAAAAUUGGGUACCAGUGUUUAAGGAUAAGAUUCUUCAGGUUGCCAGCAAACAAAAACAAGCUCUUAAACUACUUCACGACAUAGAAACAAUGUCAGCAGAGAGACAGAGUGACAUCGCCAUGUAACUCCUUCCUGUAAUCCUUCCAACGCAUGUGUACAAAGAAAAACGUUCAAACCCACUUUCCUAGAAACCAGGAAAGCCUUCAUUGACAUACAGCCUAUUGGGACCAAUAUGGCUGAAUACCUUCGUUCAAAAGAGUCCAUUGAAUCUCCUUACGUGCUCAUGCUUGGAGACAACCACAACUUUCAAGACUUUGCUAUAAUAAAUGGCACAGCACUUGAGCAAAGCACAUUACUUGCUGCAGUGGACAUUUGCUUUAAAGCAUUUUACAUUUUUGACGUGAACUACCCCAAGCAGUGUUCCCUGGUGUGGCAGUUUCUACAGACUGUGGUGUAUGGACUUCCUGGGGAGGAGACACCGGCAGUAAGAGUUCUGCGAGCAUUCAUUUUUGCUGAAAAACAGUAAUAAUACUGUAACCUUACCGCUUUCUUGGUUUUUGUGUACUUCAACUUGUACUCUGUUACUUCUACAGUCUACUCUGUUUCUUCUACUUCUAUCAGUUACAUUACUUCAGUUUCUUGAAUCGUACUGCGAUUAAUUGUAUUGAUGACCUAUUGUGACAUUUUUUGUCACAUGGUAUGUUAAUGUGAUGCAUAUAAAUGUUUGUGCACGUUAUGAAAUGGUUCCAUACUUUAAAUGUUUUUUCUUAGAAGUAAGUUUGACUUCAGUCAGUUUUAUGCACUUUCAUUAUUCUAAAUAUUUUUCCUCUACAAUGCAGUUAGAUUGCAACUUUUUUACGGAUGUUUGCACAUGAUUGUAAAAGUUUUGAAAUAUUUACCUAUUUAAAAUUUUCUAUUUUAAAUUGUUUUCUUUUUUCCUAAUCUAAACUUUUUUUUUCCUUUGGUGCCUUUUUAUUAUUAUUAAUUCUACAUUACGUUCUUUCUACAUUAAAGUUGAUGAUUUAUAUAUGUUAGGAUAUGUAGAUGUUUGUGUACACAUUUGUAUUUUUCAGUGAAUCUUCUGUCAAGAUGUUUUUUUUUCAUUAUUCUGCAUUUAUUUUUCCUCUACUCUGCACUUACAUUGCAAUUAAUUCUUACAGAUGAUUGAUGCAAAUGUUAUGAAAAGUUUUUAUAUUUCAAAUUUCUUUUUCUUAAGUUAUUUGUCUGACUUAAGUCAGUGUUUUUGUUAUGCAGUUUGAUACAUUUUCUUAAAAAAAUCUUAAUGCUAAGGUGAAUAUGUUUCAAAUCCAGAUGGACACAUUUUUACAUCUUUUGUCAAAUAAAAUUCUAUUUCUGAAGUAUG